CCCACCGGCGCAGAGCCCCCCCCUGUCCUACAUGCCCCCUGCCCCUUUAUUUGUCCCUGAAGGGGGUGAAAAGAGAGACACGCCUACAAAGAGAGUCGCCCCUCCUCCACCUUAGCUGCCCCAAGCCCCGCCCCUAGAGGCAGAAGCCCCGCCCCAGGAGCCCCCACUCCCUACGCCCCGCCCCUUAGCAUUAGGAGAGAGCCCCCCCCCAGCCCCACACAGACCCCCUCUCUGCCCUCAUAAUCCCACCCAAGUCUGACCCCCCUGCCCUGGACUCCAUUGGUUAAGCACAGUCACCCCAACCCCCCACCCCAAAUUGGAGCUGAAGAGGUUUUGCCCCCUUACCCCCCCCACCCAAUAGUUUGGGGGGAAGACUUAAGUUUCCCCCUCCCCCAAAGUGCUCCCCUUAAAGAGGGUGAGGCGUGGGCACAUUUUGCACGCAAGGCAAGAGCAGGGUGUGUGUAUAUAGUGUGGGGGGCUUAGAGAGUGUGGCUCCCACCUCAGCUGCCCCCACAUUUAUUUCUCCACGCUCCCCCCAUAGGCAAUUGAGGAAAGCCCAAGGGGGGGUGAGUGUGGGGCUUCCCCAUUCAUCUCACCCCCCUCCCCGCGACUCCUGCUUUGGCAAGGGGUGUGUUGCGGAGAGGGGGAUAAGGGGGUGUCUGGCCCACCCCACCUGCUAUGGAGAUGCAGAAGGGGAAAGGGGGCACAGCAGCGGCAGCGGCAGCAGCUACAGCAGGUGGUGGAGGAGGUGGAGGUGGAGGAGGGAAAUUGCUGAUCUACACCAGCUUGGAUGCCAAGGAUGAGUUAGAGGAGAGGCUUGAAAGAUGCAUGGGCACCGUGACGUCUCUGACUAAUGGGGUCUCGGAGAGGGAAGCCAAUGACGCCCUGAACGCUCAUGUUUGCAAAGGCGCCCCCCAGCACGAGGAGAUCUGCCUGGGACUCUUCACCUUGAUCCUCGUGGAGCCUUCUCAAGCGCAGAAGUGUUACCGGGAUCUGGCGCUGGUGAGUCGGGACGGAAUGAACACCGUGUUGAACAAGAUGAACCAGAUUCUCAUGGAGAAAUACCUGAAGCUGCAAGAUACGUGCCGUACUCAGUUGGUCUGGUUGCUGCGGGAGAUGGUCCGGAGUGGGAUCCUGGGCGUUGACGGCAUCUGUAUGACCUUCAUGAAGCAGAUUGCGGGCGGAGACGUGACGGCCAAGAAUAUCUGGAUGGCGGAGAAUAUCCUGGACAUGCUUACAGAACAGAGGGAGUGGGUGUUGAAGAGCGCCAUGCUGAUCGCCAUGUCCGUGUACACCUACCUGCGCCUCAUCGUUGACCACCACGGCUCCCCGCCCCUCCAGGCCCUGCGGCAGAAGGAGGUGGAUUUCUGCAUCUCUCUGCUCCGUGACCGGUUUAUGGAUUGCUUCAUGAUUGGCCGAGAUCUGGUGAGGCUCCUGCAGAACGUUGCUAGGAUACCUGAGUUUGAGCAACUCUGGAAGGACGUCAUCCACAACCCCCAGGCUCUGAGCCCGCAGUUCACAGGUGUGUUGCAACUCUUGCAGUCUCGGACUUCACGCAAGUUUCUGGCUUGCCGCCUCACUCCGGAUAUGGAGACUAAACUGCUCUUCAUGACUUCUCGGGUUCGUUUCGGCCAGCAGAAACGCUACCAAGACUGGUUCCAGCGGCAGUACCUGUCCACCCCCGACAGCCAGUCCCUGCGCUGCGACCUCAUCCGCUACAUUUGCGGGGUGGUCCACCCGUCCAACGAGGUGCUGAGUUCCGACAUCCUGCCCCGCUGGGCCAUCAUCGGCUGGCUCCUCACCACCUGCACGUCCAACGUCGCUGCUUCAAACGCCAAGCUGGCCUUGUUCUACGACUGGCUUUUCUUCAACCCUGAGAAGGACAGCAUCAUGAAUAUCGAACCCGCCAUCCUUGUCAUGCAUCAUUCCAUGAAACCGCACCCGGCCAUCACCGCCACCUUGCUGGACUUCAUGUGUCGGAUCAUUCCUAACUUCUAUCCCGCUCUGGAGGCCCACGUGCGGCAAGGCGUCUUCAACUCCCUCACCCACAUCGUGGAGAAGCGUGUCCUGGCGCACUUGGCUCCUCUCUUUGACAACCCCAAGCUGGACAAGGAGCUCCGGGCCAUGCUGAGAGAGAAAUUCCCAGAGUUCUGCAGUUCUCCUUCGCCUCCUGUCGAAGUCAAAAUCGAGGAGCCCGUUUCCAUGGAGAUGGACAAUCACAUGUCCGACAAAGAUGACAGUUGCUACGACAAUGCGGAGGCCGCCUUCAGUGACGACGAAGAGGACUUGAACAGUAAAGGGAAAAAGAGGGAAUUCCGUUUCCAUCCCAUCAAAGAAGCUGUCAUCGAAGAGCCGGUUGACAUCACGCCCUUCCUGGACCAGCUGGAUGAGUCUUUGAAGGAUAAAGUCCUGCUACUGCAGAAAGGGAGCGAUACAGAAGCACAGUGUGAGGUCAUGCAGGAAAUCGUGGACCAAGUCUUGGAGGAGGACUUCGACCAGGAGCAGCUGUCCGUCCUGGCUUCCUGCUUGCAGGAGCUCUUCAAGGCUCACUUCCGUGGGGAGGUUCUGCCGGAGGAAAUUACAGAAGAGUCUCUAGAGGAAUCCGUGGGGAAGCCGCUUUAUCUCAUAUUUAGGAACCUCUGCCAGAUGCAAGAGGACAACAGCAGCUUCUCCGUGCUGCUGGAUCUCUUGUCUGAGCUCUACCAGAAGCAGCCCAAGAUCGGCUACCACCUUCUCUAUUACUUAAAAGCCAGCAAAGCGGCGGCUGGGAAGAUGAGCCUCUACGAGUCCUUUGCCCAGGCCACCCAGCUGGGCGACCUGCACACCUGCCUGAUGAUGGACAUGAAGGCUUGCCAGGAAGACGACAUCCGGCUGCUCUGCUUCCUCACGCCUUCCAUCUACACCGAGUUUCCGGAUGAGACCCUGCGGAGCGGGGAGCUGCUGAACAUGAUUGUGGCCGUCAUCGAUUCGGCUCAGCUUCAGGAGCUGGUGUGCCACGUCAUGAUGGGGAACCUGGUGAUGUUCCGGAAGGACUCGGUCCUCAACAUCCUGAUUCAGAGCUUGGAGUGGGAGACUUUUGAGCAGUACUGCACGUGGCAGCUCUUCCUGGCACACAACAUUCCCCUGGAAACCAUCAUCCCCAUCUUACAACAUCUCAAGUAUAAAGAACACCCUGAAGCGCUUUCCUGCUUGCUGCUGCAGCUGAGACGCGAGAAGCCGAGCGAAGAGAUGGUGAAGAUGGUGCUGAGCCGCCCUUGCCACCCGGACGACCAGUUCACCACCAGCAUCCUCCGCCACUGGUGCAUCAAACACGACGACCCCUUGGCUGAGCACAUCAAGUCUCUCCUGAUCAAGAAUAACAGCCUGCCCCGUAAACGCCAAAGCCUGCGUAGCUCCAGCAGCAAACUUGCCCAGCUGACCUUGGAACAGAUCCUGGAACACCUGGAUAACCUGCGCCUCAACCUCACCAACACCAAACAGAACUUUUUCAGCCAAACUCCGAUCCUUCAGGCCCUGCAGCACGUCCAGGCCAGCUGCGACGAAGCUCACAAGAUGAAGUUCAGCGACCUCUUCUCCCUGGCCGAGGAGUACGAAGACUCCUCCAGCAAGCCCCCCAAGAGCCGCCGGAAAGCCACCAUCUCCAGCCCCCGCAGCCGCAAGAACGCGGCCCAGCCGGCCAACAACGAAGAGGAGUCCGCCUCCAGCAGCGCCUCGGAGGAGGAGGACACCAAACCCAAACCGACGAAGCGGAAGCGGAAAGGCUCCUCGGCCGUGGGCUCGGACAGUGACUGAGGGGGCCGGGCAGGGGCGCCCCAGCAGCGCCGCGUGCCCGCCAAUCCGCCUCGGCGUUGUCAGCCCCCGGGGCGCCCCCGAGCGACCGGAUCCGGAGCAGCUGGGCAGACGCCAUCGGCAGGGAGGACGCCGCCCUGAAGAGACGUGCCGGCGGGACUCCUCGGAUCUGCCUGCCACGCUCCCCCUCCAGGCCUCCCCCCCUUCCGUCGCUUCCCCCUGGCAGCGGGGGGGCUGGGACAGCGAUCACUCGUGACUGUCCGCCCAGGGAUUCUCAACAAACACGGGUCACCUCAGUCAGGGAAGCCGCCACGAGAAGAGACGCAGGGCUGGAUAUGGGGGGGGGGCACAGAGAGAGAGAGAGAGAGAGACUGUACUUGCGCCCCCCUCGCCUCUCCCAUCUUGUAAAUAAACGGUGUCAACCCGGCGAGCUGCUCUAUCGGUGCUUCCGGCGAGCGAGACCCGGCAGCAGGGUGGGGAGGGGCGAACUGUGGGGAGGGGGCUGGUCUUGAGCGGGGGACACACACACGCACACACACACACAUCCUGGCAUCCCGGUUUCUCUCCGCAGCCCAAGGUCACCGUCUCCUCUCUUCCCACCACGGCCCCUUCCAAACAAAACGGGCUGAGGAUUUUCGCUGUUGGGUUGUAGGUUGUUUUUUUGAGGGGUGGGUGGGUGGUGGUGGUUCCUCUUGCGGAGAGCAUUCCAGUAACCGUGCCCGAGCCUCAAACACCCCUCCCUGCCCCACGGCCACCUCUGGGGGUGGGUGGGUCGGCUUUCUAGGGCCUCCUUGCCCCCGCUCCACGUACAACACGGGCCAGAAAGUCUUGGCGCCCUCGGCCCCGCACCCUGCCUCAAAGAAAACACCAGCUGGCACAACAGAACCAACCAACACGCCCCCCCCUCCACGAACCUUCCUCCUGCCAGCUUUGCCAAGCGGCUGCCCUGCUUUCCGCCACACCUGGGCAGCCUGGCAGCGGGGGGCGGAGCCGCGGCGGCGGCACCUGGCGAGCAGAACGGGAGAUGGUCGUUAUAUUUUUAAUUCCCCAUCUCCCCCACUGAGAGAUUAUAAUUUUUAAGUGGUUUUUAAAAGAGACAAUAAAAAAAAAAAAACUGGCGAUGUGA